CAUCUAUGAGUAGUUUCAUAAUGCGUCCAAUGGAUCCGUUAAAACAGAGCAAACUAGAUGAGGCUCUGGUCAAAAUGAUUGCUUGUGACUUUCAGCCCUUUUCUAUAGUGGAGGAUAAGGGCUUUAAGGAAUACUCACAUCUUCUGGACCCAUCAUACAGCCUACCUAGCAGAAAAACUCUAACAAAAACUGUAAUGCCUAGGCUGUUUGAGAAGUUAAGAGCUGACAUCAUGGACACAAUCAAGAGAGCAUCUGCUGUAUGUCUUACAACAGACUGCUGGACCUCUGUGACCACCACAAGUUACAUGGCUGUGACUUGCCAUUUCAUAGAGGACUUUCAGAUGACCUCUUUUCUCCUGGACUGCUUUGUCUUGACAGACAGACACACUGCUGCUCACCUGGCAAGUGAGUUGACCAGGGUUACAAAUGAAUGGGGUGUGGUUGACAAAAUUGUAGCCUGUGUCACAGACAAUGCCAGCAACAUUGUUUCAGCCCUGAAAGACCACCUCCACUGGGAUCACGUACCUUGUUUUGCACAUUUAUUGAACCUCAUUGUGAGAGCUGCACUGAAAGAGGUCCAAGCAAUAUUGCAAAAGGUCAAGACAACUGUUGAGUUCUUCCAUAGAAGCACAGUUGCUUCAGAUAAGCUGAAGGCCACGCAAAAACAGAUGGGUCAAGAGCAGCUGCGCUUAAAACAGGAUGUGGCCACAAGGUGGAAUUCAACAUUUUAUAUGUUAAAAAGAUUUAUUGAAAUCAAAGAGCCAAUCAUCUCCACCCUGGCUCUCACUAAUGCAUCUCUGCCAACCUUGUCGCCUGAUGAAUGGGAAAUCUGCAGAGAAAUCGUGGAUAUUAUUCAUCCAUUUGAGGAGGUCACUACAGAAGUGAGUGCAGAAAAGUUUGUGACUGCCUCCAAAAUAAUUUUGAUGACCACUGACCAGAGGUCUUCGGAGGAUUGUUGCCCGGAAUCAAAGGAAUCCAUCCAGAUUUGAAGCUGUUAAAAAACUAGUGGACACCC